AGCAACGAAAGACCCAAAACGAAGCUCCCUUGUGUACACUGCUUGAAGUGGACUAGACACGGAGAUUGCUACGAUCCAAUCAAUUCCUACGUUUUCAAGCCCCCCUUCCUUUAGGAUAGUUCUGUGUUCUUACCCCGGAGUCCUAGCUUAUCUCCUUAGAGCAGAUAUUUUAACCAGGGCUGACACCAAAUCCCGGGAGGUAUCAUGGAUGGAGCCGAGGCAUCAGAAGGGUUCAGCGAGUGGGAGCAAAUCGAGUCGCCAACAUAUUCUACUCCUCAUCCGACUGACAUGGUUGCUGUCAAAGACAAUGAUGUCCGACAUCAACAUGAAUUGUCCGUCUUCCCUCCGAGCCAUCACGAAGGGUUGGAUAUAACAUCAGAAGCAGAAGAUGAUGAAGAAGGGGAAGAAGUUCAUGUUCGAGAUGAAGAGGUGAAUUCAGCGGUUCUGGAAUCUUGGUCGUCGACUGGGGAUGAAGGAAACUCACGGCCUUUGAGGAAAGCAAAUGGGAUUGGUGAAAUCCUGACUUCUGGGAUUGUGAAGGUUGCUGCUAGAGUUCGAUGCUUCGUGGCUUUUGGAUGGGGGGUUUGGUCCUUCGGGGCGGUCGGUGGAGUUGUGGCGGCGGUGUUGAUGUCGUUGGUGUAUGCCAAGGUUAGGAGGUGGCGUACCAGAGUCAAGGGAGAGAAGAAGGAUCAAUUGGAGUUCUUGAUUCAAGAGAAAGACCAGAAGAUCAACCAGCUGUUGGUUCAAAUUGCCCACAUGAACGAGCUAUUAUCAGCACGACGCAGGGUUCCGGUGCUUCGAGUCAGCUGACUGACCCAUUUUCCUUGCCCAUUGAUCAACAUGGAAUGAAUUUGAUUCAGGAUUUCUCUGUAAUUUGAGUCUGCUUAUGAAUUUUACAAUUUUAUUCUGUGUAAGCAAGAGAAAAACAGAUACCAAAUUACUAUAGUAUUUGUACAAGUUGAUGAGUAUUACUAUUACUACUUUUUUUUUCUUC